CGAAGAUGCAAAGCCCUGUCUGGCAGGCAGUCAAGAAAGGAAUCUGCGCAAGCCAAGUUGAGUUGUGUUGUUUGUGUUCACGAACGGAUAAACGCGUCGUAAAAGUUGAGUGCGUGGAUGAGGGUUUAAAAAAUUAAAUGGAUGCCAUCGGAUUACGGAAGCGUCUUUACAAUUUAAACUCGUUGCGUGCUCCAGUGUGAUAUUUUAUGGAAAUAGCUUGGUGAAGUAAAUAAUUCAAGGCAGUAUUGAUUUGGAAGCGAGUUUAUUUUUUCCUGUGUAGUGUUUUGAGUGGAAAAAUUGUUACGCUUUUUGUGUAAAAAUGGAUACGCCAAAAAGGAUCAAGACGAUCGCCUCGCAUUAUAUAGGCAGUCCUCCACUACAUAAUCCGGUAUUGCUGGGAACGGAGUUAACGCCAGCUGGAAAUAAGCAUCAUCAUAAUUGGAAUUUAACUGGUGGCUGGCCUCCGGAAACACUGACCAGCCCAGCAUCCACUUGCAGUUCUCCGGAGGCUCUGUUUGCGAAAACCGUCACUGGAACACCCACCACCACUAGUGGUAGUGGCAACAAUGGCUGGAAGCAACAACUCGGAAGUAGCUCGGCGGAGAAAUCGGAAAACAAACGGGGCCGGCCAAGAUCCGAGGCUCUAACAACGUUAAUGGUGGAAGGAUCAGUUUCUCCCUCGGCCAUCAAGUGCCGCUACUGUAAUCGGGUUUUCCCAAGGGAGAAAUCGCUCCAAGCUCAUCUCCGGACGCACACAGGCGAACGCCCGUACCAAUGUGACUAUCCGGGAUGCACACGCGCAUUCACCCAGAGUGGACAGCUGAAAACUCACCAACGGUUGCACACUGGCGAGCGACCUUUCAUCUGUUCGGCCGCAAACUGCCAGAUGCGUUUCACCCAUGCAAACCGUCACUGUCCCGAUCAUCCGUAUGAUACACUGAAACGGUGUGACGAUUUCGUCAUCCAAACCGUGCCGGAGCAGAACAGUGAGGUGCUGAAGUGGUUGGACAAGUACAGAAUGGAACGAGAGGAUCGAACUCCCACCCGGAAGACACCGAAGCGCCCGAAUCACAAUGCGCAAAAUGAGAACGAAAAUUGCUCCCGGCCUGUGACGAACAAUGAGAACUAUUUGACCAAUGGAAGUGCCUUUCAAUCACCGAUAACGCCUCGAUCACCGUUCAAAAGUCGUAAGGGGCUUAUGUGUGAGUUAGAUAUGAACGCUGGCAUGGGACUGGCCGCUAGUCCCAUAACAGCCAAAACCAAACCAAAUAUUCCCAAAUUGAUUCAAUGGCAAGAGCCCACUAGCCAAGAAGAGGACGACUCUGGCGAUGAAGCCAGUGGCACACCUGUCCGUUCCACGUUCAAUCCAAAGAAGAAGUGGCUUCGUGAUGCAUGGCAGGAAGAUCUUGCAAAACCACUGGAACCGAGCAUUAUUUCGCCACAGGUUCUAUCGAGCACUACAUCGACCGCAGCUCUGAAGCAACAACUUAACCAAGAAAGCAGCAACACUGUCCUCGAUCCCAACCAGAUGCGCCCAACAGUUCUGAUGGUAGUCAGCAAGGAUUGUGCACGUCCACUUAACGAGCAAACAGUUUCAAUGCCCCGUACUGGGCGACCAGAGGAAACCAAUCGGAAAUUGCAGGGAGCGCUAGCUUUAAUGCAACUUGCCACUGAAGAAUCGGCAGGGUUUCUCACACCAUACGACACAGAUGGACUAUCCAACGAAACCAACGACUCAAUAAUUGCCUCUCCAUCUACAUCCUGCUCACCACUUGUGGCAACUACUACUUUCGCAGAACACCAACCGCUUCGAAUACCGAUGAUUUCUCAUCUACCGGGUGAAAUUGAUCACAGCAUACCAUUCACACUGGCUGCCGAAGCCUAUGCCAACUAUCAUCGGUUGUAAACGAAAAGUUCUCUUGUACUAAUCUUACUUCCUUGGAAUUCGAUCUCUUCUACUAUCUAUCUUAUUUUUGGGAAAAGGUCCCCUAUAUAUUAUGUCCAAAGAAAACACUAAACCCCAGGAAGGGCAAGGGUAUCGAUCGCACUCAGUAAACUUUACCCUGUGAUGUAUCUGUGUAUCUUAGUUCUAAGUUCUUUGCUGUUUUCACAGUUUUAUGGAUUUUUAAACAUCAUCGUUUUUGUUUUGGUAACAUUUUCCGAUCGUAAUCAUUAAAGUAAACACAAAGUAACUAUUCUAACAGUAUAACGACAGUAAAAUCCGUGUGUAACUUUAAAAUGUUUGCUUCGCUAUUUCAUAUUACAAAGCCAGAAAAAGCUAUUUAUUUGUAUUAUUAUUUGAAAACUAUUUUAGGAAAACAUGUUUCAUCAAUGCUAUAAAAACAAACUACCAACCGAGCUCAAGAAACACGUUAGGUUAAAAGUGAACAUAUUUUAUAAAAUGUACUAGAGAUGGUGUCACCCAUGUUCACUUCAUUAUUAUAUAUAUUUUUUAUGAAAUGCAUCCGUGAUGUUUCAAUAAACUUGUACAAAUUAC